UCACUAGGAGUUUAACUUGAGUUUCCUGUCGGUCGGAGUGGAGUGGGUAAUACUCAAGGAGAUCAGCAGUCGACUUAAAGGGCUUUCUGGUUUUCCUUGCGGGGGAUCUGGCGACUGUCCCUAGGACAGCCACCUGAUUGAGAAAAACCCCAAAGAACAUACCCAAAGGAGGCAAAAUAGAAUUUCCCUGGACACUUCACACCACCGAGCUUUUCGCAGCAGGCCCCUGUCCCAGAACCAACUCGGGUCUGCGAAAACAAUCCGGACGAGACCCAUUCCAGGGUAUCAGCGCUCCUCCCCGGAGUGGAAAAUCGAUUCCUGAUGGUGGCGUGUCUGUGAUUCUUCCUUCUUGACUUUUUGCUGCCUUCUAUUCUCACAGCGGACUUUGGGGGAUUACCGGAUGGUUUUUUUCUUUCCCCCAAGUGAAGACCUGAGGAGAGGACAGAAUGGACAGCAAAUUAUGGAUGAACCUAUGGGAGAGGAAGAGAUUAAUCCACAAACUGAAGAAGGCAGCAUCAAAGAAAUUGCAAUCACACAUCAUGUAAAAGAAGGACAUGAAAAAGCAGAUCCUUCCCAGUUUGAACUUUUAAAAGUAUUAGGGCAAGGAUCAUUUGGAAAGGUUUUCUUAGUUAAAAAAAUCUCAGGCUCUGAUGCUAGACAGCUUUAUGCUAUGAAGGUAUUAAAGAAGGCCACGCUUAAAGUUCGAGACCGUGUUCGGACAAAAAUGGAACGUGAUAUCUUGGUAGAAGUUAAUCAUCCUUUUAUUGUCAAGUUGCAUUAUGCUUUUCAAACUGAAGGGAAGUUGUAUCUUAUUUUGGAUUUUCUCAGGGGAGGAGAUUUGUUUACACGCUUAUCCAAAGAGGUGAUGUUCACAGAAGAAGAUGUCAAAUUCUACUUGGCAGAACUUGCGCUUGCUUUAGAUCAUCUACAUAGCCUGGGAAUAAUCUAUAGAGACUUGAAACCAGAAAACAUACUUCUUGAUGAAGAAGGUCACAUCAAGUUAACAGAUUUUGGCCUAAGUAAAGAAUCUAUUGACCACGAAAAGAAAGCUUAUUCUUUUUGUGGAACUGUGGAAUACAUGGCUCCAGAAGUAGUUAAUCGUAGAGGUCAUACUCAGAGUGCGGACUGGUGGUCUUUUGGUGUGUUGAUGUUUGAAAUGCUCACUGGUACGCUACCUUUCCAAGGAAAAGAUCGAAAAGAAACCAUGACUAUGAUUCUUAAAGCCAAACUCGGGAUGCCACAGUUUUUGAGUCCUGAAGCCCAGAGUCUUUUACGUAUGCUUUUCAAACGAAAUCCUGCAAACAGAUUAGGUGCAGGACCAGAUGGAGUUGAAGAAAUUAAAAGACACUCAUUUUUCUCAACAAUAGACUGGAAUAAACUAUAUAGAAGAGAAAUCCAUCCACCAUUUAAACCUGCAACUGGCAGGCCUGAAGAUACAUUUUAUUUUGAUCCUGAGUUUACUGCAAAAACUCCCAAAGAUUCCCCUGGGAUUCCACCUAGUGCUAAUGCACAUCAGCUUUUUCGGGGGUUUAGUUUUGUUGCUAUUACCUCAGAUGAUGAAAGCCAAGCUAUGCAGACAGUUGGUGUACAUUCAAUUGUUCAGCAGUUGCAUAGGAACAGUAUUCAGUUUACUGAUGGAUAUGAAGUAAAAGAAGAUAUUGGAGUUGGCUCCUACUCUGUUUGCAAAAGAUGUAUACACAAAGCCACAAACAUGGAGUUCGCAGUGAAGAUUAUUGAUAAAAGCAAGAGAGACCCAACGGAAGAAAUUGAAAUUCUUCUUCGUUAUGGACAGCAUCCAAACAUUAUUACUUUAAAGGAUGUAUAUGAUGAUGGGAAGUAUGUGUAUGUAGUAACAGAACUUAUGAAAGGAGGUGAAUUGCUGGAUAAAAUUCUUAGACAGAAAUUUUUCUCUGAACGAGAGGCCAGUGCUGUCCUGUUUACUAUAACCAAAACUGUUGAGUAUCUUCAUGCACAAGGGGUGGUUCACAGAGACUUGAAACCUAGCAACAUUCUUUAUGUGGAUGAAUCUGGUAAUCCAGAAUCUAUUCGAAUUUGUGAUUUUGGCUUUGCAAAACAGCUAAGAGCAGAAAAUGGUCUUCUCAUGACUCCUUGUUAUACUGCAAAUUUUGUUGCACCAGAGGUUUUAAAAAGACAAGGCUAUGAUGCUGCUUGUGAUAUAUGGAGUCUUGGUGUCCUCCUGUAUACAAUGCUUACUGGUUACACUCCAUUUGCAAAUGGUCCUGAUGAUACACCAGAGGAAAUAUUGGCACGAAUAGGUAGCGGAAAAUUCUCACUCAGUGGUGGUUACUGGAAUUCUGUUUCAGAUACAGCAAAGGAUCUGGUAUCAAAGAUGCUUCAUGUAGACCCUCAUCAGAGACUGACUGCUGCUCUUGUGCUCAGACAUCCUUGGAUUGUCCACUGGGACCAACUGCCACAAUACCAACUAAACAGGCAAGAUGCACCACAUCUAGUAAAGGGUGCCAUGGCAGCUACAUAUUCUGCUUUAAACCGUAAUCAGUCACCAGUUUUGGAACCAGUAGGCCGCUCUACCCUUGCUCAGCGGAGAGGUAUUAAGAAAAUCACCUCAACAGCCCUGUGAAGUGACCUCAGUGAGAUAUUUGGUACCAUGGUGUAAGCUGAUAGCACAAGUUCUGGCGACAGGUAGCACAUAUCUGAGCGAGACCUGCAAGCACACACUGUCCCAGCUGGUACCCAUAAUGCUGCUGCUCCUGCUGCUGCUCCUGCUUUCGUCUCUUCUCGCUUUAAAUGAUUGUUAGCAAGUUAGAUUUUCCUGGAGCUUUGGAUGAAACAUGAUGAAGAUAUAUUCACUGAAUCAACAAGAAAAAUAAUGAACAUAUGAAUACCACCUAAAAUACACUGAAUAAAGUACUCUACACCAUAUAGCAUUAUUUUUAUAGAAAAUAUUUCAUGUCCCUUAAAUAUUCUUUGUUAGUUAUAGGGAUGGACAGUUUAUGUUAAGCACUUAGCUUAAACAAUCCGUUUAUAUUAGCACUGUAUCCCUUGUGCCAUCCAACAUUUUGUAUGUUUUUGUAAACAGUUCAUAUACAGUACAUUUCUGUACUGCUUUCUUUAAUGUAUACAUGCCUUGUUUAACUUGGAAUCUAUUAUUAAUCGACUAUUAAAUCUGGAUAAAUGGUUCACCUGGAUUAACAGUAUUGCUGGACAGCCCUAAAAAUGGCCAGAUUGUGGAACAGCUGUUGAAUGUAACACUUUCAAAAUGUACAUAUCUUUCCCCGUGUCUGUUUCACUGGUUUGUUCUUUUGUUUGUUUCUUAAAGUCGGGUGCUCUCAGGUGCUCUGUCAAACUAACCUAGAGAGCUCUUUUGGUAGAGACAGUUUUAUGUGUGUGGCAUGAAAUCAAGAAUACACGUGUGAAGUUAGUCCAUGCACUUUGCAACUCCUUAGGGUCCUUUCUUCCUUAAUUAAGGAAGUAGUCCUUGUACUUUUAAUCUUACACAGUAUCCAUACUUAGUAUUUGGCAUAUCAUUUGGGAUUUUGCCAUGUGCAUCAAAGGCCUUUAAAGUCAUGGUAGAGAGAUUAGUGAAGGAAAAUUUAGCAACAAGUAAUUUAAAUCUUAUUGGAUAUUUCCUGUUUAAAUAGAUAUUCUAUAUUAAACACUAAUUUGAAUAUAAUAAAGGCAAUAGGCCUCUAUAUGAAAUUGGAUUUAAAUUUUCUUAUUCUAGGAAAAUAAAACAUUCUUGAUCAAACAGUAUCUGUUCUAACCUGAAAUCAUAGCUAAAGUAGGCUUAGUGAACAUUCAGCAUUGUUUUCUAAAUCCUUCCUGAUGAUUUUAUAGCCUUUGACUUUAGAAGUGAUCAAUUUUCAUAAUGACCCUUGGAUCUGCUUUGAUUACAGUAUUCAUUAUCUACAUCUAUCUUGCUAGUUUCCGCAAUUCUACCUGGUGAAAGGAAUUUCUAUAUCCAUCAUUACCUGUGUCUUUGCCAGGCUACCUAGCAUAUAUUAAUAAUAUGUAAUGUAAAAAACAUAGGCACAAGGAAAAAGUGAUUUAACUUACCUCAUCAGGAAUGUGCCCAAAUAGGUCUUUCUAAGUCAUAUACUAAGUCAUUUACAUCAGAAAUACUCUCCUACUAGAAGCUUUAGCUCUUCCCCUAAAAACACCAAGCCAGGAAGAACGUGGUUUAUCUCAAUGUUUUGAAAACCAUUUAUCGUUUCUUAAUUUCUUCUCCAUCCAAUUAAAGAGAUGAAAUCUAUAACAUUCCUUUUGCCCAAGUGACAUAAAAUGAUUAUUGCAUAGAAAUUAAAUGCAUGUUUAUAUUCUAAGUGGAAAAAACGUAUAAGGGGAGGAAUAUCAAAAGAUCUAGUUAAAGCUUUUUGAAAUUUUUUUAAUAUGUGGAUAAUACUUAAGAAGCUACUUUCUCUUGCCUGGAAGGAAAAUUGUUAAUUUUCUCCUCUAUUCAGUGUUUCAAACCUUGGUCAUCCCAAAUUCUUAUAAUUUUUCAAAUUUUAAUGUAACUGAACAGAGAA